CUCAGUCUUCUCAUUGGAAAGGUGUCAACGAAGACAGCUGUUGCGCUUUCGGGAGAAAAAGAAGGGAAGCGAUGACGUCGAGCUUUCCAAGGAUCUUUCCUUCUCUUGAUCAAAGCGAGCAGCACAGGUGAUCCACCCAAAGCCGUUGGCUCACCAAGGCAUCGUUUGCGUCCAUUCUCCACUCUGGGAACCAUACGUAGUGUUUUUGUCUCAAAGUACAUCUAUGCAUUGCCGAUCAUGUCUUCUGAUAGUGGUACCACCGGUACUUGUGCUAGUACUGGUGUUGCUGCUGCGGCCAAUGGAAGCAGUGCAAACAGCAAUAAGAAGAAACAGAAGAUUUCUCCUCCCUUUGAAUCUCUUCUGUUGGACAAGAAUAAUGAGAUUUCGAUCCAAGGCAUCCUUCCCUUUGUUGGUGUUGGACAGUAUGCUUUUGUAGGAGCUGUCAACAAGAAGAUGAAUCAAUUGUACAAAGACUACUGUGAGACUGAACUCAAGAAGAAUCCAAGAAAGGUAAAAGAUAAGCCGCAUUUUAAAGGUCGCUCUGCAGGAAGCACCGAUACUCUGUACAGUGAAACUUUCUCCAACCAGCAGCGAGCAGAAGUUUGGCUCAAGGACAAUUCCUACCAUAAGACACCUCAUCGUGAAAAUGUUUGCACUGAAAUUGCCAAAAUUGGAAAUCUUACGGUCAUGCAGUGGGCACGACAAAAAGGGUUCCGAUGGAAUGAGCCCACGUGUGCCGGAGCUGCUAAAAGUGAUCAUUUGGAAAUGCUACAAUGGUUAAGGGAGAAUGGUUGCCCAUGGAAUGCAGAGACAUGCUCAAAUGCUGCUCAAAGUGGACAAUUGGAAGUUUUGAAGUGGGUUCGCACAAACGGCUGUCCAUGGGAUGAAUGGACAUGUACGUCUGCUGCCAAAUAUGGACAUUGGGAUAUUUUAAAGUGGGCUCGUGAAAAUGGUUGUCCAUGGGAUGAAGACACAACUACCAAAGCUGCUGAAAAUGGACAUUUGGAAGUUUUAAAGUGGGCUCGUGAAAAUGGGUGUCCAUGGGAUGCAGAGACAUGUGUCUAUGCUGCUCGAAAUGGACAUUUGGAACUUUUAAAGUGGGCUCGUGAAAAUGGUUGUCCAUGGGAUGAGCGGACAUGCAAUGCUGCUGCUGAAGAUGGACAUCUGGAAAUUCUAAAGUGGGCUCGAGAACAUGGUGGUCCAUGGAGUGCAAGGACAUGUCAACGAGCUGCUGAAAAUGGACAUUUGGAAAUUUUGAAGUGGGCUCGUGCAAAUGGUUGUCCGUGGGAGGUAGAGACAUUUUACGCUGCCCGCAGGAGAAACCAAAUCGAAGUGAUCCUGUGGCUAUGUGACAAUGCCUGCCCUGGGUCUCAUGAUUGAGGACACUAAGUAGGAGAGAUUAGUAAAAGAAUAGAAGUCAUGUACCAUUUUCCCCUCCU